AUGGCAGAACUUGAAGGUCCUGGGGCGUAUAGCGCCUUCUGUGGUGAGAGGGGGCCAAAGGACGUGCAGCAGAUCGGGCAGUUAGUGGGGAGCGACGUCCCUUGUCUGGUCAGCUGCCUGGGGGCCCUGAGUGCAGGAGGAAGCGCAGCAGCAGCACAAACGGCGCUGCAACAGCAGCUCGGUGUUCCCGUAGAGACGGAAGAGCAGCUCAACAAGCGUCUCGCCGCCUUGGUCCGUCAGCAGCCUGUGAUGCUCUUCAUGAAGGGCAAGAGGGAAGCCCCUUUUUGUCGCUUCAGCAAGGCCGUCUUAGCGCUCCUAGAAGAGCAGGGUGUUAAGAAUUUCGGAACGUUUGAUGUCUUUGAGGAUCCAUCGGUUCGGGAGGGCCUCAAGAAGUUCUCAGACUGGCCAACGUAUCCACAGCUCUACGCCAAUGGGGAGCUGCUAGGGGGAAUAGACGUCCUCAAAUCUAUGGUUGCUGAUGGCACUUUCAAGAGCGCGCUUCCACCUGAAGCCUUCUUGUAG